AUGUCCAGCAGCCACCGCUCAGACAAGGAGGUGUAUCUGACUCGGUAUAGUACUCCGGCUCCCGAGCUCGACGACCAUCGUUUCCAGACGGAUCCUGUGAGUACACCUCGCAUUGAGGCACCGCAAGGUGAGCUUCUCAGCAGGCAGGAUACCGUGGCCCAUCAAGGUCCGAGAGGUGAACCUCUGCCCGAAAGACCCGAUCUGCUGCAGCCUCAGGAUGCCCUGCGUGACAAUAAUACGACUGUCUUCCGUGACUUUGAGCAAGCCAUCGUCGAUGACGAUCGUUCGGACGUCGAUGCCGUCGGAAUGGGACGACGCAUCAUGAUUGAUCCAACAUCCAAUUUCCAGACGCCUCGUCGGUUCAGUGGUCUUCCGCAGGAUCAUCCUGGGGGUGUCACGACCCGCAGUUCCUCUGUCUCGGCCCGCUCAUCGUCUCCACCCAACUCAGUCGACGCGUUCGCGGACCCCCGCCGUCGUGAACGCGCCAACACUUUGGAAAGUCAUGCGGCACCCGACCUGGAGGCUAUCCUGCAGCGGACCGUCUCGGGAGGAACUCACGCACGUCGUCCCACUUUCAGCAAUGCGAGUGUCAUUCGCCCUCAGCCUGGCGAUAUUUCGGUGUGUGCCCUCGAUGAGCCUGGCGUACAGAUCACCUUUGAGGAACCCGGUCGCAUUCCGGUCAUUGAUUAUGAGGAAUUGGAGGAAUUUGUCGCCCUGCAUCAGCAGAAAGAGGCUGCCCAUAUCUGUCGCCGUAAACACAGCGUGAGCUCGCAGAGCAAGAAACCGCGGAUCUUUUAUGAUCUGCGCCCCGGCGCCAAAAGCCCCCUCGGCGAUGGGCACAAGCUCUCCGAAUCGGCCAAUUCGUCGGAUACAUGUGGUGUGUGCGAUGAAGACGAGAAGCAAACCGCCAAGGUCCUGGAUGAGAAGGAACUGAUGGCGACUCUGCCCAAUGCGAACGAUCCUAUGCGCUUUGGGUUCUUCUCGUCUGAGUCUCAGACCACGGUGCACGCGGCGGAGCUGGGGGAUUUGGUUCUCCCCGGCGACAGUUUCCGCGACUUGUUCCAGUUGGGUCCAGAGGGUGGUGUAUGGUGGUUGGACGUGGUCAACCCCACUGAGGCGGAGCUGGGUGCCAUCUCCCGUGCGUUCUCCAUUCAUCCGCUGACCACGGAGGAUAUCUUGACGCAGGAAGCGCGUGAAAAGGUGGAACUCUUCAAACAGUACUAUUUUGUCUGUUUCCGCACCUUUUACCAAAUCGACAAGUCCAGCGACGACUUUUUGGAACCCGUCAACUUUUACAUGGUCGUCUUCCGCGAUGGGGUCCUGACUUUCUCCUUCUCGGAGAACCCCCACGCCUCGAAUGUGCGCAAGCGUAUCGGCAAGCUGCGCGACUAUGUCUCGCUCAGCAGUGACUGGAUUUGUUAUGCCAUGAUCGACGACAUUGUUGAUAGUUUCGGUCCCGUCAUCCGUGACAUUGAGCUCGAGUCCGAGGCCAUCGAAGAUCAUGUGUUCAUUGCGCGCGUGGACGACUUUGAGACCUUUCUGCCUCGGAUUGGCGGUCUCCGCAAGAAAGUCAUGAGUCUGAUGCGUCUUCUUGGGGGCAAAGCGGAUGUGAUUCGUGGUUUCUCGAAGCGCUGUAAUGAGCAGUACUCGGUAACUCCUCGCGGCGACAUUGGUCUCUACCUGGGUGAUAUUCAGGAUCACGUGGUGACCAUGAUGUCUAACUUGGCGCACUUUGAAAAGAUGCUCAGUCGGUCGCACACCAACUAUCUGGCCCAGCUGAAUGUCAACAAUAUCGUCAUGGGCAAUCGUGUCAACAAGGGGCUGAGUAAGAUCACUCUGAUCGCGACCAUCCUGGUUCCGAUGAAUCUGAUCUGCGGUCUGUUUGGUAUGAACGUCAAUGUUCCUGGCAAGGAUGAUGAUGGCCUCGCCUGGUUCUUUGGAAUCAUCGGAGUGAUGGCGGCGAUUGUGGUGAUCAGUAUGUGGUUGGCCCGAUGGCAGAAGCUUGUGUAG